AUGACCGGCUCACUGCGCUACAUGGCGCCCGAGGUCGCGCUGUACAUGCCCUACAACCGCAAGGCGGAGGCAUUCUCCUUCACCUCGGUCCUCUACCAUGUGCUUUCGCGGCGGAGGCCCUUUUCCCACCUCACGCCUGAGCUCUACCUCGAUCGAGUCUGCCGCGGCGACCUGCGCUGCCCGCUCGGCAAGUGGCCGGCCGAGGUGCAAGCCCUCAUGUCUGCGGGCUGGGCGUCGGAGCCGUCACAGCGCCCGGACUUCGCGCAGAUCGUGUCCAUCCUGGAGCGGGCGCUGGAGAGGCUGUCUUCGUAG